AUGGCGAUGGCGUCCUCGGCGACGUCGGCGUCGCGCGUCCGCGCGGCGGCGGCGCGCGCGCCGUCGACGCGGACCGCGCGAGGACGCGCGACCGCGCGCGCGACGCGCGGCGUCGCCGUCCGCGCGACGACGCCCUCGACGCCCAUCGAGUCCUGCGACGUCGCCGUCGUCGGCGCCGGCCCCGGCGGCCUCGCGACCGCGAUCGCGCUCCAGCGCGCGGGCGUGGACGUCGUCGUCUUCGAGCAGCGCGAGCGAAUCCGACCCGCGGGCGUCGCCGUGUUCAUAUGGCCGCACGGCCUGAGGAAUCUCCGAGCCAUCUGCGCGGAGACGACCACGGAGGUUAUAAACGCCGGCGCCACCAUCGACACCAUCGCGAUCGAGCAGCUCACCCCGACGACGUCCGCGUCCGAGACGCUCGUGCGCAUCGACGUCGCGGGCUGGUCCGAGCGCGUGAACCUCCCGCCGCAGAUCGGCAUCACGUGGGCGCGACUCACGAACGCGCUGCGAGGCGGCUUGAGAGACGGCACCGUUCGCCUCGGGCACGCGCUCGAGGGGAUGACGAUGACGACGGAUGCGGACGGCGAAGAGGGCGACGUCGUGCUGACGUUCGCGCCGCCGAGGAGCGGCGGCGACGCGCCGCCGCCCGUGCGCGUCCGCGGGUGCGUCGUGGGCGCGGACGGACGGAACAGUAAGGUGCGCGAGUUGACCUUCGGCGGCGGCGCAUCGGAAGAGAGAGACGCCGCGAGCGCGACGUCGUCGCCCGCGACGACGUCGGCGCCGGAGGCGAACGUGUACUACGCGCUGUCGCCCAACCCCCCGCCCGGGGCGGGCGGCGCGGGCGCGUUCAACGAGCUGCGGUUCGUCCUGUGCGACGGCAGCGGGAUCUCGCUCCUGGACGUCGGCAGAGGGAACUUGGACUUGGCUGAAGACGGAAGCGCCGGCGACGCCGCAGCGGACGCCGCGCCGCCCGCGGGGCAACUCAUGUUUGGCACGACGCGUUUCUCCGAGCGCGCGCGCGCGUUCGAGACCCCGGAGCAGCGGCUCGCGCACCUCGAGACGCUGUUCCGCGGCACGACGCCGCUGCUCGAGCGCGCGGUGUCGUCCACGGCACCGGGCGCGGUCGUUCAGACGACGCUGUUCGAUCGCCCGGCGGCGGCGAAGUGGUCGCGAGGCCGCGUGACGCUACUCGGCGACGCGUCGCACUGCAUGUACCCGUCGUUGGGUUUGGGCAUCUCCACCGCGUUUGGCGACGCCGUGGAGCUGUCGCGGUGUCUUCUCGGCGGCGGCGGCGACGGCGGCGGCGACGCUCUCUGCGAGAUGACGUUCGCGGACGUCGAGCGCCGGCUUCAGACGUACGAGCGGCGGAGAAUUCCCGUCGCGUGGGCGCUACAGACGGGGAGCCGCCUGAUGCACGAGGUCCUCGCGGCGACGUCGGAGCGGCCCGCGAGCGACGCGCGGGGAACGGUGGACGUAUCAGGGGCGUUCUUCAAGGCGUGGCAGGGCGCGCUGUGGCUGUUCGGCGAUCGACCGGAAGAGAAGACGGCGAAGGCGAAGGAGCAGGAGCAGGAAAAGAAGAAGGCGACGGAGGACGUUUCGCCGCGGAGCUGAUGAGGUAGGGUGGC